GCGGCGAGCGGAGGGGAGACUCCCGCAGUCGAGGUCUGGGUGGGUGACGCGGCCUCUGGUGGGUAUCUAGCGGGAGGUCGUGGGGGGUUCGCUUGGAAUCCCCGGCUUCUGGGGAGCGUCAGCAGAAACAAUGCCGGGGCCUUCCACUGUGUUUGGGUGACGUGGUAGCACAGCUUCAAAAUCCCUCAGCAUGUUGGUCCCCACUGCUGUCCUGCCCACCACCAAGCUGGAAGCAUUCUGGUUUGUCCAAGUCCCAAAGUGUUGUGCCCCAGCCCAAAUGCCAUCUCCUAGGUUAAGAAGGAAGCAUUGACCUUUCCUUCAUCAGGCCAAAGAUGCCUCUCUUUGGGAGUACGUUCAGUCCGAAGAAGACGCCCCCUCGGAAGUCUGCAUCUCUCUCUAACCUGCAUAACCUCGAUCGGUCAACCCGGGAGGUGGAGCUGGGCCUUGACUAUGGAACCCCCACCAUGAACCUGGCAGGGCAGAGCCUGAAGUUUGAAAACGGCCAGUGGAUAGCAGAGACAGGGAUUGGUGGAGGUGUGGACCGGAGGGAGGCCCAGCGCCUCCGGAGGCGGAACCAGCAGCUGGAGGAAGAGAACAAUCUCUUGCGGCUGAAGGUGGACAUCCUGCUGGACAUGAUGAGGAAACGAGCCCAGCACGGUGACACAGCUGGAAGGGAAGGAGCCAGGACUGAAACCUUUGGAGUCAGAAGGGGCAAGUUUGGUUGUCAUAGUGAUGUGGGUCCCGGUCCCCUCUGCAUUACCAUCGGCACCUGAGGGGACUGCAACCGUGUGGGACAGCUCUGCAGUGAAGAAGGACUUGUAUUUGGAAUGAUGAAAGAAGCAAGCCAUUGGCAAGUUUCAGCAGAGGAAUGCUAUGAUUGACUUAAAAAAAAAAUCCGUCUGCCUUCGGUGUGGUGAGAACAGUCUGAAGGGGCAAGGCUGGGACCAGGGAGGUGGCAGUAGAGGAGGUGAAGUGGUCAAAUUCUAGGCAGGAAUUGAAGGUGGAGCCCACCAGGGUUUGCUGGUGGAUGUGGUGUGUGAGCUGAGUCAAGGAUAAUGCUAUUAAUGAAAAUCUGUAAGAGAAAUGGGAAAAAGAAUCAGCCACAUCUCACCACCCUAACCCUUGUUGGUUUUCUCCCCCAUUGAAAUGCUAUAUACUUUUGGGAAUUCCCUGGUAAUCCAGUGGUUAGGAGUCUUCCCGGGCAAUCCAGUGGUUAGGACUCUGCCCUUUCACUGCUGAGCACCCAAGUUAGUUCAGUCCCUGGUCAGGGAACUAAGAUCCUGCAAGCUGCAGUGUGGCCAAAAAAAAAAAAAAAAAAUCUGCAUGCUUUAAAGACCUUACCUUUUUGUCAGGUACAUCUGUCAGAUUCUGGCUAAAAUUCUUCCUCCUCAAAGCCUUUAUUGACCAAAUCUACUACUUCCAGGGGUGCCCAAAUAAAUAGUGCUAUCUACUUGACAUUUAUUAUCAUUUGUAAUCAAUACACAGUUUAGUAAAUUUUUGAGCUGAGUGUCAGAUUAGGGAAGAACUGUUACUGAAGAGCUGAGAUAAAAAGUUCUGUGGGUAAGAGGGAGGGAGUGCAAAAAAUCAGAGGAAAUUAUACAGUUUGAGACUUAACAAGGGGAACCAUAUACACAAUUGUACAGAUACAGGCUAAUGUGUAUGUUUUAUUGGGCGGGGUACUUAUAGCUUUUGAAAAUUAAAGGGAUCUACACCCCACACCAAACCAAAGUGAAUUAGGAACUGCUAUAUUAACCAGUUUCACAUUCUGACAAGACAGAAACAGGAAAGGUGGGAACCAUGGACUUGAGGGAUAGGGAAUGAGAGGAGCUGGGGGUGUGUUUCUAGAAUACCUCAUCUCCAUGCAGAUGGCAGAGUCCCCUUUGUGCCCAGCAUGGGACAUUGUCACUUAUUUGAUGGCACCCUUACUUGUGCCUGGACUGAGGCCCCUGGGCUGGCAUCAAUUUUUUUUAAAUUAAUAAAUUAAUUGGCUAUAUUGGGUCUUUGUUGCUGCACAUGGGCUUCCUCUAAUUGCCACUAGCAUGGGCUACUCUUCAUUGAGGUGCUUGGGCUUCUCAUUGCAGUAGCUUCUCUUGUUGCAGAGUACAGGCUCUAGGUGCAUGGGCUUCAGUAGUUGUGGCAUGAGGGCCCUAGAGCACAGGCUCAGUAGUUGUGGCACAGAGGCUUAGUUGCUCCAAGGCAUGUGGGAUCUUCCUGGAGCAGGGAUCGAACCCAUGUCCCCUGCCUUGGCAGGUGGAUUCUUAACCACUGCACCACCAGGGAAGUCCCUGGCAUCAGUCUUACCAUAUGUCUUCUUUGCUGCCACUGAGCAUGUCUCCUUGAAACCUUCAGUGAAGUUUUCCUUCCUUCCUCUCCAGCAGCAUCUCCUCGAAUCUCUUGAGUUCGGGGAAGAAGGUGCCCCUCCCCGCCCCCGACCUUUUGAAGGGGAAUUUUGGGGGAUAAUUCUGAGUUUUUGUUGUUAUUCUGAUUUUUUUUGUUCUUAAUUUAAAAAAAAAUUUAUGUAGCAAAACACACAUAGCAUAAAAUUUACCAUCUUAACUAUUUUAAAGCAUACCGUUAAGUAAUAUUAAUACAUUCAUAAUGUUGUACAACCAUCACCACCAUCCAUCUCCAUAAGUUUUCAUCCUAUAACACUGCAAUUGUAUACCCAACAACAACUAACUCCCCAUUUCCUCCUCCUCCCAACCCCUGGCAACCACCAUUCUACUUUCUGUCUUUGAUUUUGACUAAGUACCCCCUGACUUGUCUGCUUCCGCAGAGCUCUGUUCUUCCUCACUUUGCCUUUUCUAGAUGAUCUCAUCUGUUUCUAGAACUUGUGUGUGUGUGUGUGCUGUGUUGGGUCUUCGUUGCUGCAUGCGGGCUUUCUCUAGUUGUGGGGAGCAGGGGCUACUCUCUUGUGGUGUGUGGGCUUCUCACUCUGGUGGCUUCUCUUGUUCCAGAGCAUGGGCUGUAGGUGCGUGGGCUCAGUAGUUGUGCGGCAUGGGCUUAGUUGCUCCACGGCAUCUGGGAUCUUUCCAAACCAGGGAUUGAAAACAUGUUCCCUGCAUUGGCAGGUGGAUUCUUAGCCACUGUGCCACCAGGGAAGUCCCUAUUCCUAAGGCUUUGAAUACUCUGCACGGCCUGAUUCCCAAUAUUUUUUCUUAUCCCUUGACAAUUUUAUAAAUAUCGAAAGAGCCCUUUUAGCCUUAAAUAUAGAUUUUUUUAAAAUCCUGUACUGUUUGUGAAUAUAAACACAAUUAAUUGGUCAAAGUUUUCCUAAAACUUCUUCACAUUAGCAUUGUGACUUUCCAGUUGGAGUUGUUGAUGGAAAAAAAAAGAUUAAUCGGUCAACCUGAGAAAGAAAUGGAAAUUUUAUUUGAGCCAAAUUGAGGAUUAUAACCUGGGAAAAGCCUCUCGGAAAGUUCUGAGAAUUGUUCCAUCUGUUAGAGGUCAAAGCCCAGUUACAUAAGUUUUUGAGACCGAGUGUUAUAUGUUAAAGGCCAUAUUAUUGAUAGUUUACACAACGCAGAUCUAUGCGUACACAGGGAAUAGUGGGUCAUGGGUCAUCAUGGCCUUUUACAAGAAGGAAGGUUGUUUCCUAAGGAGGUGUGGUUAAUGCAGUUGCACAAUACAUGAUAAAGGGGAAGGAGGUGGCCCAAACAGGAAAAAAAGAUUUUGUUUAAAUUUUUCUUGUCUUGCCAUAAAAUAUGAAUCUUUAUUUCAUCAGUGUCAGUGAUGUCUGGAGUUUCCACAUAGGACUGCCUUUUCUACCCUUCAAGAGUGUUGGUCUUCUAGCAUUUCUUAAAAGCGUCCAUAAGAGAAUCAAAAGCCAUUGGCAUUGGGCCCUUAAGCUGCCCUUGUAUUUAUGUAGAGCUAGCUGUUUACUGAACUCAGGAUCAUCUGCUCACUGCUCGAAAGCCAAUACUCAGACAGGUUGGAAAGGAAAGGUUGCUUUAUUCAAGAGGCCAACAACCUUGGGGAGAAGACAGACUCAUGUCCGAAAGCCAACUCCAAAGAUUCUGGAAGAGUCUUUUGGGGAGGGAGUCAGAGUCUUCCUUGUCUUCCACCGUGUGCAGGCUUUCUUCAGAUUGGUUGGUGGUGAGGUAACAGGGCGAUGUUCUGGGAAUCUUGCUCUCAGCCUGAGGUUACCAUCCUCCACCUGUGUGGGAACCUUAGUUCCUGCAGAAGAACCCAAAGGUAUAGUGUAUAUCUUGAGGAGGAACGAGGAUCCUGCUUUAAUCGCUGCAGUGUUGCUUGACUGCUCCUCCUCUGUUUCUGCAUUCCCUCCCUUCCCUGAUUAGCAACUAAUCCAGGUUUGAACCGGCCCUUUGGAACACAAGGAAGGUCAGGGAGGCUGAAAGAAGCUACAAACAAGAAAUGGGGACGGAAAGGAUUUGUACCCGGGAGGGACACACAGGGUCCUGCUUGGUUUCAAGCCUACUUAAAAAUUUUUUUAAAUACAUGCAAAAAGCAUACUUCAUAAAUGUACAGCCUGAUGAAUUAUCCAAAAUGGGCAUACCCAUGUAAACACCACACAUGUCAAGAAAUAGAACUUUACCAACACCCCAGAAACUCUCCUGCCUUCCCAAAUAUUACCUCCUCCUUCUCGAAAGGAAUCACUCACUAUCUUUCUCACCAUAGAUUGGGUUUGUCUGUCUUUUAACUUUAUCAAAUGGAAUCAGACAGUAGGCACCCUUUUGGAACAUGAAGACUUUCGUAGUUAGAGCUGCCCUGUCCAGAGAUAAAGAGGACUGAGGACUCUUAUCUGGAGGAAGUGCAACCCCCAGCCCUGCCCUCCCCAGAAUAUGUAAGCAUAGGACAUAGUCUCUCAAGUAUCAAAUAAGGAUUGGGACUGUCCGAUCCUGAGAUUCUUCGGUUCCAUGGUCAGUUGGCUAAAGAAGUAUAUCAGAUUACCCUGUAUUAAUAACUGAGGGGCACAUUAUAAAAAGAAGCAUUUUCAUCCAUCAUAUAGACAAAAAAAAAUACAGAUAAUGCAAAAUACAGAGAAAAGGACACUUCCAUUUACUAUUGUGAAAGUAUAUGAUAUCAUAAUUCCGAGGGCAAUUAGCUAAUACCUAGCAAAAUUUUAAAUGUUCAUAUUUUUUGGCUAACAAACCCAUUUCUAGAAAUCCAUCCUCCGGGAAUACUUGCAGCAACGCUGUACUAUGCCUCAAUCUCCUCAUGUGUAAAAUGGGGAUGAUAAGGACUUCCUUGGUGGUCCAGUGGUUAAUGUUGCCAAAACUUGGUUCCCUGUGCACCAAUGCCAAAUAAAAAUAAAAAAGAGAUUUGGAAGAUAAGAGCGAGGCUUUUUAUUUUCUUUGCCAGGCAAAGGGAAGACACAGUAGGCUAGCGCCUCAAGAACUGCCCCCCC